AUGCUUAAAUUGGAUACUUCAUAUACGACUAAGAGUUAUCUUGAAAUAAUUUCGGAAAGACUACCGGCUAUUGAAAGAACUUCCGGUGGAAUUCAUUAUCAGCAAUCAGCAAGGCUGCUAGAGAUUGUUGAAUUUAUUCAAUCUCAGGGAUGUAGCUCUGCUUCAGAAUCCUCGUCAAGUAGGGUAGUCUCUCCAAUUGAAGGUAUUGUUGAGGAGAUGCAGUCCAGGAUUAGAAGGCUUGAAAGGUGGCUAGCGAUAAAUACGGUUCUAUGGACAUUUCUGAUGUCUGCUCUUGUUGGUUAUUCACUGUAUCAAAGGAGGCGUCAAUAA